AAGAUUGUUCUCCCACAAAAAUUUUGUUAGAAACAUUCGCACCGUGGAACUGUGUGAGAGUUUUCCGUGAAUUUUCUAUCGCAGAAAAGCUCAAAGAAAAAAAUACUCAAAGUGCUGUGAAAAUCACAAGAAAAUAAUGAAGAAAAUUAUAAUCCUCCUGGGCCUCUCCGCUGUGGUGUUCGGAGUGAAGCUUCCAAGGCCAAAAUCCUCCUUGAAAUACGCAACGCUGGAUUAUUUCAAAGACGACAAAGACAUUGCCUUGCCAGAGGACGAUGAUGAGGAUAAACCACCAACGAUCUACGAAGGAGAUGUAAAACAAGCCAAAACGCUGAAUCAGGAAAACUUCAACCAGGGAAAAGGAAAAUUUAAAUACACUUUAGAGACGCAGAAUGGAAUUUCCAUCGCCCAGGCAGGAAAGCUGAAGGAUGAGAAAACGUUUGUCGUCAUGGGAUCCUACUCCUACACAGGAGCCGAUGGAAAACGCUAUAGAGUCAAAUACACAGCAGAUGAGUUUGGGUAUCAUCCUAUAACAGAGCUCGAAGUAGACAUCCCGGAAAUAGAGAUUCCUGAGACGAAAAUCCAACCAAUUAAGCCAUUCACCUUCAAACCCUUCCACUUCAAUGACCUCGAAGCACCACCAAAACCAGCAAAAAUCCAGGUUCGAAAUCCCCAGGAAGACUUCUUCCAGCAUCCCCGAGGGGAGAAUCCUUUCGCUGUAACAGAUGACAAGGAUGGAGGGGAUGUGAAUCGAAAGUACCUGCCGCCUAGCCGAAAAUACCUGCCACCGACGAAAUAAAUUCCAAGAGAUCACCAAAAUCAUCCCUGAACACUGAAUUGAGGUUAUGUUGCUGCACCCGAGACUCACUAAAAAAUGUACACUGCCCAUUCACAUCCAUCCUUCAUUGUAAAAAUGCAGAAUAAACGAGAAUUAGAAUACUUUGAGGGAAUCGUCAAAAAAAAAAAAAAAAAAAAAAAAAAAAAAAAAAAAAAAAUUGAGGAAGUACUCUGCGUUGAUACCACUGCUU